AGAAGCUGCUCUCUGAUCUUAAGGAUGAUAAACAUUACAAACUACAGACACUGAUCGUUUGAUACGGUCAACCAUAAGACUCUCUUAGCCACCCUCAGGAGUCUUGGGAUAUGCGGAUCAGCUUGGGAAUGGUUCGCUUCCUACCUGGAAGGACGCUCAUAUCAGAUGCCACAGCUUCUGACCGGAUCUCUGCAUGUCUGGCAGAAAUUUCAUCAUGGAUGACUGCUCAUCAGUUAAAGCUUAAUCCUAGCAAAACUGAGCUGCUCUUCAUCCCAGGUGAUUCAUCCCCAGGUCAUGAUCUUGCUAUAUCCUUGCACAACGAUCUGAUCUCCCCUUCAGCCACAGCUCGCAACCUUGGGGUAACCAUGGACAAUCAACUGUCCUUUUCCUCUCAUGUUGCUAAUGUGACUCGCUCAUGUCGGUUUCUUCUCUACAACAUUAGAUGGAUUCGACCAUUUCUGUCCACACAGGCUGCUCAGGUACUUGUUCAGUCUCUUGUCAUUUCUAGACUGGAUUACUGCAAUGCACUGCUGGCAGGUCUACCUAUGAACGCAAUCCGUCCUCUGCAAAUGAUCCAAAAUGCAGCUGCCCGGCUUGUUUUCAACCUGCCAAAGUUCUCUCAUACCACCCCGCUGCUGCGAUCCCUCCACUGGCUUCCGGUAGCUGCACGCAUCAGAUUCAAAACACUGAUGCUGGCCUACAAAGCCAAAAAUGGACCAGCUCCCUCUUACCUCAAAGCCCUCAUCACUCCUCGCACUGCACCCCGCACCCUCCGAUCUACCAGCACUGCUCGACUGGUUCCACCAUCUCUCAGGGUAAGAGGCAAAUAUACUACAAGACUCUUCUCUGUACUGGCACCAAGGUGGUGGAACGAACUUCCCCUAGAGGUCCGGACAGCUGAGUCACUGGCUAUUUUCAAGCGGCGGUUGAAGACCUACUUAUUCAGGAAACACUUCAACUAGC